UGCAGGUGAUACAGGUGAUACAGGUGGAUGCCUCAGCUACAAGCUAUCUGGAUUGUACAUCAGCAGCAAACCACACACGUCUCUGAAUACUGACACGGACACAUCGCCAAGCACAAUGAGUGCAGGAGCAAAGAAAGAUCCCCCUCCCUACCUGAUACCAGUCGAGGGUCAGAACGAUGGAGUGAAGGUUUACCAUCUGCAUUCACCUUUCACCCCUCCUCCCUCCUCGCAGGCGGCUGGAGUGGGCAUGCCAGUGUACACGAGUGGCGGCGGAGGCAGCCUCGGCGCAGGCCUCGAUGGCGGGGGCGGCAAAAGUAAGUUUGUGAGCCCCGAGCCCGACCUGGGACGAAACGCCGGCAUGACCACCUGCACUUCCUGUCAGCAGCAGGUCAUGACCAACGUCACCUACAAAGCUGGGACGUACGCCUGGCUGAUGUGUUUACUCUUCAUCUGCUGUGGGUUAAUCCUGUGCUGCUGCUUGAUUCCAUUCUUCCUGAAAAACUUCAAGGACGCGUACCACACAUGCCCGCGCUGCAACCGGGUCCUGCACGUGGACAAGAAGCAGUGCUGCAAAUGACGACCAUGACGUCGCAGAAGGUCCCACAGAAAUAAGGAACAACAUCCUGCUCCGUCUGUCCAUGUUCUCUCUGCUCUAUGAAACCGAAAGGUCACAGUUCAGAUGCAGCUUAUUUCUAUGGAUGAGCAAAAUCAACCAUGAAUGUCGCUCACAUUACAUCAUAUUAUUAGUAGCCAGACUCGGAGUGAUCACAGUGUCACUUUAAAACCUCUGGUGAGCAAACCAAACACACCCCAUGCACUUUUAUCUUGGGAGCCGUUACCUUUUUGUCCCAUUUCCAGUAGAAAAUUUUACAUUCUCUAUUUUUCCACCUCAGGUAAAAUGAAGGCUUGUACAUAGACUUUAUCAAACACUUCAUGUGUACGUCAGGACUCACACAGUCCAGAUGUGCAUUUGAAGGUAUCGUCACGACUUCUGACUAAGCAACAGCAGCGUAAAAACAAGCCGACACAACUUCUCUCCUGCAGUAAUUGCACAAUAAAUUUGCGUUGACGUUUUGAUGCAAGUUAGACCCAGAAAUGUAACAAACACUCCAUAGAAUAAAAUGUGGCUCAUUUGUGUUGCAUUCAGAUUUUCUUCUGCCAUUAAUAUACUUGUAUAACUCUAAAGGGAUGAGGGGCAAUCAUGAAGUUCAAAGAAAAACCUAUAUCACAACAACAGCAGCUGCAAAUAUCAUUUUUUCCUUUUUUGUUUCGAUUCUUUGAAGCUUUACCCCCGAACGACGCUUUGUUCACGUGUUUUUGUUACAUUGUCGAGAGCAGAAUUAAAGCUAAAGAUGACGUUAUGAUGUGACGUGUUCAUUGACUGUCAGUGUUAGUGGAGCCGCUCAUCGAGACACGUGUAAAGUGAAACUCGGGAAGAUUUCUGUCCCAAUCUGACGGUGACUGAGCCCAGUGAUUAAAGUAUUGCAAUAUAUAAUACACAUCUGCAGUUUUGUGAACUGGAGACAUAAGAAAAUAAUCUAAUGUAAAGAUUAGAUUGAAUUUCACCGUUUUCAACACCCGGUGUCGCCAAAUCUACCAGGACGGAAAUCUUCUAGAUUUGUCACUUUAAAAUUAUUUUUUGAUCUUCCUACAUAAAUGUCUGAUUUUUUUUUUGUUAUUAAAAAAAAUCUUUCUGCUUCCUAAAUACAAUAACAAUGUGAGAACGAGAGCGGAGGGAUAUUGUUGUGAAGGAUGUGAUUUCUUUCACGUUGACUGGCGGAAGAGUGGACUAUUGUUAUUGACAUUAUUUCUCUAAUAAAAAUAGACAUAUGGAUAUUUAA